AUGCGUAACAUCGGCAUGCUGCGGGCGCUGCUCCUGGCGCUCGCCGCCGCCGCCGCCACCGUCGCCGCCGCCGAGAAGAGGAAGACGUACAUCGUCCACAUGGCCAAGUCGGCGAUGCCGGCCGAGUACGCGGACCACGCCGAGUGGUACGGCGCGUCGCUGCGCUCCGUCUCCGCCUCCGCCUCCCCCGCCAUGAUGCUGUACGCGUACGACACCGUCCUGCACGGCUUCUCUGCGCGCCUGACGCCGCAGGAGGCGAGCGACCUGGCGUGCGCGGACGGGGUGCUGGCCGUCAACCCGGAGGCGCGGUACGAGCUGCACACCACGCGGACGCCCGAGUUCCUGGGCAUCGCCGGCGGAGACGCCGGACAGGGCCUGUUCCCACAGUCCGGAACCGCGGCCGACGUCGUCGUCGGGGUGCUCGACACGGGCGCCUGGCCCGAGAGCAAGAGCUACGACGACGCGGGCCUCGCCAAGGUGCCCGCGUGGUGGAAGGGCGCGUGCGAGGCCGGCGCCAGCGGCUUCGCCGCCUGCAAUCGCAAGCUCGUGGGCGCCCGGUUCUUCAGCAAGGGCUACGAGGCCGCGAUGGGGCCCAUGGACACGGACCGGGAGUCCCGCUCCCCGCGCGACGACGACGGGCACGGCACGCACACCAGCUCCACGGCCGCGGGAGCUGCCGUCCCCGGCGCCAGCCUCUUCGGCUUCGCAGCAGGCACGGCGCGCGGCAUGGCGCCCCGCGCGCGCGUCGCGGUGUACAAGGUGUGCUGGCUCGGCGGGUGCUUCAGCUCCGACAUCCUCGCGGGCAUGGACGCCGCCGUCGCCGACGGGUGCGGCGUGCUCUCACUCUCGCUGGGGGGAGGCGCCGCCGACUACUCCCGCGACAGCGUCGCCAUCGGCGCGUUCGCAGCCACGGAGCAGAACGUCCUCGUCUCCUGCUCGGCGGGCAACGCUGGCCCGGGGAGCUCCACGCUCUCCAACGUGGCGCCGUGGAUCACCACCGUCGGCGCCGGCACGCUCGACCGCGACUUCCCGGCGUACGUCGUGCUCGGCGACGGAAAGAACUACACGGGCGUUUCGCUCUACUCCGGGAAUAAGCCGCUCCCCAGCGCCCCGAUCCCCAUCCUGUACGCGGCCAACGCCUCCAACUCCACCGCGGGGAACCUGUGCAUGCCCGGGACGCUCAUGCCGGAGAAGGUGGCCGGCAAGAUCGUCGUGUGCGACCGCGGCGUCAGCGCGCGCGUCCAGAAGGGCCUCGUCGUGCGCGACGCGGGAGGCGCCGGCAUGGUGCUCUCCAACACGGCCGCCAACGGCCAGGAGCUCGUCGCCGACGCGCACCUCCUCCCCGCCGCGGGAGUCGGCGAGAGGGAAGGCACGGCGAUCAAGUCGUACGUGGCCUCCGACCCGAACCCCACGGCGACGAUCGUGGUGGCCGGGACGCAGGUGGGGGUGCGCCCCUCGCCAGUGGUGGCGGCGUUCUCGUCGCGCGGGCCCAACAUGGUGACGCCGGAGAUCCUGAAGCCGGACAUGAUCGCGCCCGGGGUGAACAUCCUGGCGGCGUGGACGGGCAAGGCUGGUCCGACGGGCCUCGAAGCCGACACCCGCCGCGUGGCCUUCAACAUCAUCUCCGGCACGUCCAUGUCGUGCCCGCACGUGAGCGGGCUGGCGGCGCUGCUCCGGAGCGCGCACCCGGAGUGGAGCCCCGCCGCCGUGCGCUCGGCGCUGAUGACCACGGCCUACGCCAGCUACUCCGGCGGCUCCGGGUCGUCGCCCCUGCUGGACGCGGCGACGGGCGAGGCGGCCACGCCGUUCGACUACGGCGCCGGGCACGUGGACCCCGCGCGGGCGGUGGACCCGGGGCUGGUGUACGACCUGGGCACCCGUGACUACGUGGACUUCCUGUGCGCGCUCAAGUACAGCUCCACCAUGAUCGCCGCCGUGGCGCGGAGCCGGGUGUACGCGUGCGCGGAGAACAAGACCUACUCCGUGGGCAGCCUCAACUACCCGUCCUUCUCGGUGGCCUACUCGACGGCGAACGGCGACGGCGGCGGGGACUCGACGACCGUGACACACAGGCGCACGCUGACCAACGUGGGCGAGGCGGGCACGUACAAGGUGUCGACGUCGCUCGCCGACGCCAAGGGCGUGGCCGUGGCCGUGGAGCCGAUGGAGCUGGAGUUCACGUCGGCGGGGGAGAAGAAGAGCUACACGGUGAGGUUCACGUCCAAGUCGCAGCCGUCGGGCACCACCGGCUUCGGCCGGCUCGUCUGGUCGGACGGGAAGCACAGCGUGGCCAGCCCGAUGGCGUUCACGUGGACCUGA